AUGAGGACCUUUGUACUCUGCCUAUUGGUGACCGUUGCCCUCGCGUCCGAGCAAGGGAAGCAGGAGAAGACGAAGAGAGGAGUGCUGUUGGGCUCAGGAGGACUUGGAGGAUCGUCAGGUGGUCUAGAUCUCAGCUCCAGUUCGAAUUAUGGCGGUGGUCUGGACUCCGGUGGACUUUCUGGAGGAUUCUCCAGCGGUGGUCUCUCCGGAGGACUCUCGGGAGGACUAUCAGGACUUGGCGGUGGCCACAGUCUAGGUGGUGGUCUUGGUGAAGGUCUUUCAGGAGGCCUAGGUGGAGGACUCUCUGGAGGCCUAGGUGGAGGACUCUCUGGAGGAGGUGUCCGAACCAUCACUCAACAGGUCCCAGUAGUGAUCCCCCAGCCGUAUCCUGUUUCUAGGCCUGUGCCAGUUCCCUACUACGUCAGACAGGCGGUUCCUCUGAUCAAGGAGGUGCCUGUCCGCGUGCCUCAUCCUGUCCCAGUCACAGUCGAGAAACCAAUAGUGAUUCCUCAAACGGUAAGAGUGCCAGUGCCAGUUCCAGUGCCUCAGCCUGUCUCUGUUCCACAACCUAUCCCCGUUCCUCAGCCUAUACCGAUACCUCAGCCUGUGCCUGUCUUGAUCCGUGUUCCCUCAGGAGGCUCUGGUGGAUCUGGUUUAGGUUCUGGCCUCGGCUCUGGUGGUCUCAGCUCUGGUGGUCUUGGCUCUGGUAGCCUCAGCUCUGGUCUGAGCUCAGGAUUCGGCUCAGGAAUCAGUGGUAGUUUGGGUGGUAGCCUAAGUGGUGGCCUCAGCGGAGGUUUAAGCUCUGGUCUGAGCUCUGGACUAAGUUCUGGACAUAGUUCUGGACUUAGUUCUGGAUUAAGCUCCGGUCUAAGUUCUGCAUUGAGCUCUGGAUUGAGCUCUGGACUGAGCUCUGGUCUCAGUUCUGGCUUGGGAUCUAGUUAUGGGUCUGGAUUGAGCUAUGGAUCAGGAGGUCUAGGAGGCUCUAGCUAUGGCUCUGGUUUGAGUUUGGGAUCCAGCCUUGGAUUGAGUUCUGGAUAUGGAUCUGGCCUGAACUCUGGCUUGGCAGGUGGGAUUACCUCUGUCAGCAUCUCAUCUGGCUCUGGACUGGGCUCUGGCUUGAGCUCUGGGCUUGGAUCUAGUCUUGGUUCCCACGGACUAUCAUCUAGCUUGGGCUCUGGAUACGGAUCUGGAUAUGGAUAUUCUUCGUCCUCUCUUGGAGGCUCUUCUCUUGGAAGUUCAUCACUUGGAGGCUCCUCUCUUGGAGGUGGCCUUGGAGGCUCUUCUCUUGGAGGUGGCCUUGGAGGUAGCACGAUCAUCAUAAAGAAGCACUGA